AUGAUCAAGGACAAAACAUACUCAUCAAAUUUCACCACUUUCCUUGCACAUCAAGCAAGGAAAGCCGUACCAGGCGGCUUAAUAAACGCAAAUUGGCUCUCAUAUAAGAUGUUAUUCCAGCAGCAGCUGACACAAACGGAUGUGAUCAACACCAAUGGAUUUUAUAUCCCAAAGGAAUACGCAUUGCAGUACUUUCCCACACUUGGAAACAGUUCAGGAAAUGGAGCUCAAACGGGAAGUGAUACAAUUGAUGUAACUUUCUAUGACAAGUAUUAUGUUUCCUGGACUUUUAGAUACUCGUAUUCGGGUAGUAUCCAGGCCUUUCGUUUCAAAAAAGGAUGGAGAAACUUUGUUAAAAUGAAGAACUUAAAUUCUGGAGACACUGUCAUCUUGUAUGGAUGUUGUUAUGCAGAUCAAGCAGGACAAAUUGGGGUGUUUUAUAUGAUAGGUAUACAUCGAAAUGUCCCAGAAAACUACAUUGUUGGCAAAGGACGAGAACAAGGAUUCGGUUCAUAUGUUGAAGGAACUGAAUGA